AUGUCCAUCAACACGCCCAAGAAUGUUGAACGCUGCAAGAACGUUACUCUUGAAUUUGAAGGUGGAAAAGCGCCAUAUUCUAUCGAAGUCACCAAUGGAACUGAAGCUGAUUUCCCAGAGAUUGUAGUGGAGAUCAAAGACAUUGAAGAAAGCCCAUACAACUACACCGUCAACGGCACUCAAGAGAAAAUUGGAUUUAUUCUCCACUCUGAUGACGAGAAGACGGCGUACACAGGCAACGUCAAGAUCGCAGAGAAUAACAGUGUCGAUGAUGAUGGCGAGUGUUAG